AUUAAAAUGUUGUUAGGCUGUUUGUUACAUGUACGCAGUACAGUCUUCCACAACUGUACUUCACGUACAUAUAAUGGAUCUAGACGUAUACUCGUAUUUUUAAAUAAAAAUUAUGGCCAGUCACUCAGAUCCAAAACUACAUCAGGCUCCCCAGGAACUGUUCCUGUCCCAAAGACCGGGAAAAAAUCAGACUUUCUCCGACUGCUAUCUCUUGCGAGACCAGAGGCUUACAGAAUAGCAGGUGCAAUGGGACUGCUUGUAAUCUCCAGUGGUGUCACAAUGUCAGUUCCGUUUGCAUUUGGGAAGGUUAUAGAUAUAAUCUACAGCAUGGACCAGGUCAAAACUAUGGCGGAGCAGAAAGCUGAGAUCCGUGAACGGUUAAAUUUCGUCUGUAUGGUGUUGGCCGGCGUGUUUGCGGUCGGAGCAGGUUGUAACUUCGGCAGGGUUUACCUCACAAGGGUUGCCGGUCAGAACAUUACAGCUAACCUUCGGAAUAAGGUCUAUUCUUCAAUUGUACAGCAAGAAGUAGCUUUCUUUGAUAAAACAAAGACUGGAGAACUUAUUAACAGAUUAUCUGCUGACAGUCAGCUGGUAUCACAGACAGUUACACAACAGGUAUCUGAUGGACUUAGAUCUAGUUUUAUGACCUUGGCUGGAGUAGGAAUGAUGUUCUAUAUGUCCCCUCAGCUUGCAUUUGUUGGGCUAGGAACAGUGCCUCCUGUAGCCCUCUGGGCGGUGUAUAUGGGGAAGAAGGUAAAGUCUGCGAGUAAGAACGUUCAGGACUCCCUCGCGAGUGCCACAGAGAUAGCAGAGGAGAAAAUAUCAAACAUCAGAACUGUCAGGAUAUUCGCCAAGGAGAGAGAAGAGAUAAAUGCGUACAAACAGCGUAUGGACAAGGUCAUACAAGCGUCAGUAAAAGAAGCUCUUAUUCAGGCCAAGUUCUUCGGUAUGACAGGGUUGAGUGGAAAUGUGAUAAUUCUAACUGUUCUCUACUACGGGGGAAGUUUGGUCACCGAUGAUCUGAUUAGUGUUGGAAAUCUCACCUCUUUUAUCAUGUAUUCAGCGUAUGUUGGAAUAGGUUUAUCUGGUAUUUCGACCUUUCAUGCGGAGAUGAUGAAAGGACUUGGAGCCAGUUCAAGACUUUGGGAACUAGUUGAUAAAAAACCCAGUGUUCCUUUAGAAGGUGGUCUAAUUCCGUCCAAGGGUUGCAAGGGAGACAUUCGCUUCAGCAAUCUUCAUUUCUCCUUCCCAAGUAGACCAAAUUCUAAAAUAUUAAAUGCGUUAAACCUACAUAUUCCAGCGAACACUAUAGUAGCAGUUGUUGGACCUUCAGGAUCAGGAAAAUCUACUUUGGCCAGCUUAUUGUUAAGGUUGUAUGAACCCCAGGAAGGACAAAUUUUUCUAGAUGAUAAAAAUAUUCAAGAUUUAGACCCUUCUUGGCUGAGGCGAUAUAUUGGAACUGUUUCACAAGAACCGAUUCUUUUCAAUACAUCAAUCAAGGAGAAUAUUCUGUAUGGAGUGGAAGAUGUCUCUACUGUAUCCGACCAGGAUGUUGAAGCUGCGGCUAGGGAAGCAAAUGCUCAUCAGUUCAUCUCAAAUUUCCCCUCAGGUUAUGAAACUAUGGUUGGGGAGCGUGGAAUAAUGCUGUCUGGAGGACAAAAGCAGAGGAUUGCUAUUGCUAGAGCUAUUCUCAAAAAUCCGUCUAUAUUGCUCCUUGAUGAAGCUACGAGUGCCUUAGAUGCAAUAUCAGAACAAGAAGUUAAAAUUGCUCUAGACAAAAUUAUGAAGGGAAGAAGUGUGAUUACAAUUGCUCAUCGUUUAUCAACAAUAAAGAACGCGAAUCUUAUUGCUGUGUUAGACAGGGGGCAGGUUGCUGAGCUUGGCAGUUUUGAAGAAUUGAUGAAAACUAACGGAACAUUUAGGUCUUUGGUUGAGCAGCAAAUGAAAGGGUUUAAGUAGAGUAUUCAGCUCAAGAUCUACACAUUUAAACAAAACAAGAAGCACUAUAAGAGUAUUAAUUUUAAAUGUUGGACUAAAAUACACAGCAUUUGGGAA